AUGCAGUCCUUCAGUGGUCGGCGGCUGAGGGCGUCGGUCCUCUGGCCUUCGGUUAACCGAGCAUGGAUUUGGAGAGUUCCCCUCACCAGUGUCAGAAGGUGCAUUGCUUCAGCUGCAGCCGCAAGGAUCCUCUUUUUUUUGUCAGAAUCAUGUAGUUGCCACAAGAAACAGAAUUGGUCUCAAAGCAUUUGCCCUCCCCAAAAAACCGAUGACUUGCAUCAUAUCGUUCACCUCAUCACCUCAGCGCGCCUGCACUUCACCCUGGCCCAGUCGCCCAUGUCUCUCCGUCCAUCUUAUCUCUCUCCCUUCUCCUCACCGCCUCGCGCGCACCCGGCGCGCGCGCGCGCGCAGGCGCCCGCCUGCCAGGUGCUCGAGCGCUUAGCUGCAUCGCCCCACGCAGCCGGCCACAUCGCCGGUCCCACGUCGAGCUGCUUCGAAGGUGUUUGGAGUGGUGGCACGAUCCGUGGGAGCAAGAUCUUCUGGAACUGCGACGAUCUCAUCACCGACGUCCAGUUGAAGGGACCGUCCAUCCUCUCCACGCUGUGCGUGGACAAACAAGGCCGACAGAUGAACUGCUGGGCACGGCUGGUGCACCCCGAGCUGCUGCGCUGGGACUUCGGAGAAGAGUGGCUUCGCGAGGACGUGGCCGAGAAGGACUCGACCGCGGGCCUGCCGACGCUCUCCUUGGCGGCGAUGCAGACGGAGGAGGCCUCAGGGUAUCCGCCAGAGGCUGCAGAGUCCGCGCCCGUUCCCCUGGAGGACGCUUCUUCGGUCGCUUUUUGGGGGUGGAUCUAUGGGGUGAUUGUCACCGGAGACUGGGAAAAGGCACGACCUUGGAUUCUGGUGUCAGGCUCGACUGAAGACCGGCCCGGUCCCCCAUAUCCAUAG